GCUGGGGAGGAGAGUUGCCUCUGAGGAAGAAGGGCACAGAGACCCAAAAUUAGUUUGGAAAGCAUCCUGGUUUGGUGCCCGAGGCCUGGAAAGAAAUGGCGGCUGGGGUGCGGCGGAGGUAGGGGAGGAAAACGUUGGAUGAGAAGGGCCUGGACUCAGGAAAGGGAACCGCGUCCCUGUGAGCCCGCUGAGCGCGCAGACCCUGCCCCUGUCUCCUGUCUGUCUGCAGGUCUGCGUGUCUGUUGUUCCCAGCGCUCUGCGAAGCCUGAAAAGGAGGAGCAACCUGUCCAGAAUCCCCGCAGGAAAAGGAGGGGAAAUCUCGACAUGGAAAAACUCUACAAUGAAAAUGAAGGAAUGGCUUCAAACCAAGGAAAGAUGGAAAAUGAAGAACAGCCACAGGACGAGAGAAAGCCAGAAGUAGCUUGUACUCUGGAAGACAAGAAGUUAGAAAACGAGGGAAAAACAGAAAACAAGGGCAAAACAGGAGAUGAGGAAAUGUUAAAGGAUAAAGGAAAGCCAGAGAGUGAGGGAGAGGCAAAAGAAGGAAAGUCAGAGAGGGAGGGAGAGUCAGAGAUGGAGGGAGGAUCAGAGAGAGAGGGAAAACCAGAGAUAGAGGGAAAGCCAGAGAGUGAAGGAGAGCCAGGGAGUGAAACAAGGGCUGCAGGAAAGCGCCCAGCUGAGGAUGAUGUACCCAGGAAAGCCAAAAGAAAAACUAAUAAGGGGCUGGCUCAUUACCUCAAGGAGUAUAAAGAGGCCAUACACGAUAUGAAUUUCAGCAAUGAGGACAUGAUAAGAGAAUUUGACAAUAUGGCUAAGGUGCAGGAUGAGAAGAGAAAAAGCAAACAGAAAUUGGGGGCGUUUUUGUGGAUGCAAAGAAAUUUACAGGACCCCUUCUACCCUAGAGGUCCAAGGGAAUUCAGGGGUGGCUGCAGGGCCCCACGAAGGGACAUUGAAGACAUUCCUUAUGUGUAGUGUCCCUGGCAGGCAUUUACCAGGCCAUGUGCUUUAACGUUACGGUAAUACUUUACUUUAGGCAUCCCUCCUGUUGCUAGCAGCCUUUUGACCUAUCUGCAACGCAGUGUUCUCAGUAGGAAAUGUUCAUCUGUUACAUGGAAAAAAUGUUGACGGUGCAUUGUAAAAUUAAAAAACACAACUUGCAGAACCAAAUAUAUGGCAUCAGUACAUUUUUGUAAAACUACAAAGAUACUUACCUAGUAAUAUAGUAUAGAAAACAAUUCUGAAAGCUGUGUCCACUAAAAGAUUAACAGUGGUUAUCUCUGGGUGAUUUUUUCUGUUCUUUUUUGUUCAUCUGUCCAUUUUUCUCCUAAAAACAGAUUUCUUUAGUCAUAAAAAUAAUAAAAUAUAAAGUAUUGGAAAACA